AUGGGCGCGCCGCCCGAGAGCAAGAAGGCGAAGGGCGCCGUCAUCCAGGAGGCGCGGGCCAGCGCUGAGGAGGCGAAGAGGAGCGGCGAGAAGCAGCGGAUGCCCACGGAGGCCGUGCAGAGCAGGGUGACGAAGAACAUGGCAGGCCCGAAUCGGGGCCAGCGAAUGGAUUUGUUGUCCAUCUCUCCAGAGCGCAUGGGCGUCAGAUGCAAGGUCUCGUGGACGUCAGCAACACGCAGUGCAAGGGGCUGCUGCCCUGCGAGGCCGUUCAUGGAUUUCAACUUCGCCGAGAGGACAGGCGUCGACAAGCGUGCCACAACUAUGGCGGGCGGUGACCAGAUGCACGAGCAGCAUGGCGAAGUCGCGUCUGACUACGCCAGGGCCGACAUGCUGAAAGGGAAGGAGGUCAAGGACGCAGCGGUCAAGAUGAGGGCGAGGCCGUGGGACCUCGCCAGCUUAGUCAAGAAGUCCUGCGAGAUGCGUGGGGUCCUUGUCAAGCCAAUGAACUGCCGGCCAGUGGCUGCUGUGCUGAUGGGCGAGUUUGGCACCCUCGGCGCUGGCGGAUCUCCGAGGGCCCAAGCCUUGGGCGGUCGCAGGGCAGGCGCUCAGGCCGUGGCCAAGUUGCUGGAUGCCGAAGCCGGCGAUGACGACGAUUAA